UUAUUUUUGUUUGCCGCGAAUAGGCUCCGAAACGAUCAAACCGAAUUCUUUCACUAUUAGGUAGCUACACUAAAUGCGUUGAACAUAGGCUAUAUUUUGUCCUGGUACGGGAAUUAAAUCCAUCGGGACGCGGGUAAAACCACGUGUGACAACUAGUUUUAUUUUUGCAAGCGUGCAUUUUUACAUAUUUGGUUAGAAUGACGUGAUUUUUAGGCCUAUAUAAACGGCUCCCGAAUAACAACACAAAUCACUCCUGAACUAAAUCAGCGUGCAAGUUUAAUUUUAUCAAAAGUGUUAACCUAUUCAAUCAAAUCCUCAAGAAUGUCGGGACCAACUUCUGCUGAUCACCUCUUUCCCUCCGAAGACGAAUAUGAGGAACAACAGACACGGGUGAAACACGUGAAGGAUUCGUCAUCAGCGUCUUCAUCUUCACGCUCCGGCGAUGCUGCUAAGAGAAGCGCCAGCAAAUCAUCGCAUCCGGACAGUAAGAAGAAGAAGCUCAAGACGAUGUCGCCUACUGUUCAUCCCAUCAGUCCUGUUAUGAAGCCCCAGAGAAGCGAUAUGAAGACCACGAGCCAUGACUUAUUUGGUAGUGACAGCGACGAUGAUCGUGAAGAGAUAGCAGCAAGUAAUUUAAAGGCACCUCGAGUAUCUUCCUCGCGGAAGAUUGAAAAAGAAUCCGGAAUUGAUAUCAAUGAACCUAAUAAUGAAUUAAUAGAAAAAGAUAUUGAUAUCCAUAAUCCUAGUAAUGAAUUAAUAGAAAAAGAAAUUGAUAUCCAUGAUCCUAACAAUGAAUUAAUAAUAUGCAAAAAAUGUCAGAUUGAAUUACCGAAAACUGAAUUGAAAUAUCAUUUAAGAACUAAUGUACAUAAGUCAAAUAGUUUAGUUCAAAGCCAUUUUAACAAUAUCUUUGUAAUUGCAAGUGCUUUCAAAAACAGAAUCAUAACAUAUCGUUUAAACCCUGCACAAGGUGUUGAAUACUGUACACCCGAAGCAUUCUUGUGUGAGAAUACGAACGAUGUCCUGAAACUUAUACAUAUGUCUUUAUUGAAGAAUACUUGUGUCAAGAUUAACUUCGAGUUGUUUGCCCACUUUGUGUUACCAAAAACAAGUGAGCAACAACUUAAGUCGUUUAAUACGAAAUAUAAAGUUAUUUGUAAUAACACGAUUUUAAGUGACUUCUAUUCGAAUGCUAUUGAACUUUUAAAAUGCAAAAUGUCAGAAUUCGAACACAAAGAAUCUGGAUGGUCUUUUAAAUCAGUGAGCCAUCUUGAAAUCAAUGUUAAUAAAUAUUGUCCUAUGAGAGGUGGUACUUACCUUGAAUUACCAAAAACUUAA